AUGACCACCGUCAUUCCUACGCGCUCUGUUUCCUUACAACCACUAGACAGCCUCUCAGGCAAGCGUCAAGAGCCGCGCUUCGGCCAGUAUGUUCUGGGUCAAACUCUGGGCGAAGGCGAAUUUGGCAAAGUCAAACUAGGGUGGCUCGCAAAGCGCAGGGACGAUUCACAGGCAGUCCAAGUAGCCGUGAAGCUCAUUCGCCGGGACUUCGUUGGCACAUCGAGAAGUAAGCUGAACAAGGUCGAGCGCGAGAUUCAUGUGCUCAAAGCCGUCAGCCAUCCCAAUAUCGUCAAGUGCUAUGAAGUCGUGGAAACGGACAAGUACAUUGGCAUAGUGCUUGAAUACGCAUCUGCAGGCGGCGAGCUAUUCGAAUACAUUCUGGCGCAUCGCUACCUUAAAGACGCCUCAGCCUGCCGACUCUUUGCGCAACUUGUUUCAGCAGUACUCUACCUACAUGCGCGCGGCAUUGUGCAUAGAGAUCUCAAGCUGGAGAACCUAUUGCUCGACCGGAACCGCAACAUUGUCGUAACGGAUUUUGGCUUUGCCAACACCAAAGGUCAAAUACGCGGUGAUUUGAUGAAGACAAGCUGUGGCAGUCCGUGUUAUGCAGCCCCUGAGCUGGUCGUCAGUGAAGGCCAGUACUGCGGUCGCAAGGUGGAUGUUUGGAGUUGUGGCGUCAUCCUCUACGCUAUGCUGGCUGGCUACCUGCCCUUUGACGACGACCCAGCAAAUCCUGAAGGCGACAAUAUCAAUCUCCUUUACAAGUACAUCGUCAGCACUCCGCUCACUUUUCCGGAGUAUGUUUCU